UCCUCGUCCCCCUUGCCGUCGUUCGCACGUGAAGGUUCUGUCGUGGGAGACGGAGAGUGUUAUGCGCUUGUAACGCUGGAAUCUCAAAUGUACUCGUACCAACUCGUACCGUAGACCGUAGGCAGUGUUCGCGAGGGUGGUGUCGCGGGAUGUAAACAUCCGCGCCGCAGCUUCCGCGCGCUCGAGGAAGACGGCGUCAAAAGGUGAAGUGAGGAAGUAGAGGCUCUCCCGACGCGGGAUUUCGCUUAUUCGCGGCGAUCAUGAGUUGACACGUCGCCCCUCGACGUCGCGCCAGCGUUAAAUGCACCGCCCGCGCCAAACGCAGGAUGGACGUCGCGGAGGACGCCGAGGCCGCGCUGGACCCGCGUAUCCAGAUUGAGUUGGAGAAUUUGAACAAUGCAGCAGAUAAUAUUAAUAAGUUGGAGACUGAAUUGGAUGAGGCUCACACUGCUUUUGGGCAGCUCCUAUCGGACACAACAAGGAGGCUGAAAGAAAUUACGGAUAAACUGGGCACUAGCUGCAUUGAAAAGGCAAGAUGUUAUUAUGAGGCAUUGGAGCUAGCUCAUCAAGCUCAGGUGCAGUGUCAACAACAGGCGCAGCUGUUUCAAAGAGCCAGCGAAAUUCACGCAGCGGCGAAGGAAACGGUUGCUCUAGCUGAAGCGCGAUUCAUGUCUCAUCAGCAUGAGUGGAAUUUUGACCAAGCAUGGCAGGAUAUGCUCAAUCAUGCUACUAUUAAAGUCAUGGACGCGGAUAAUCAAAAAGCGGAGUGCGGUCGAGAGCAUCAUAGAAGGGCGAUGUUGUUUCACGACGCCGAGAAGAAGCUAAUGCAAUUGGAAGAAAAACAUCGAAACGCAAUAAUAAAAGCGAGGCCGUACUUUGAAGUAAAGACUCAGUGCGAUCAGAUGUUGGCGACUCAGAAGGAGAGAGUGGAGUACCUGCAGCAAGCUGUUAAGGAAGCUAAACGUAAUUAUGCAACGAGUCUCCGGACGUUGGAAGAAAUUAGUAAUCAAAUACAUCAACAGCGAAGAGAUUACGAUAUCGUGGCUAAUGGACCGCGAGAACCUGGCGUCGGUGCCGAACUUAUUGGUUCAGAGACGCAUCAGAAGUACAAAAUCGAGUUCAACAAUCCCGAUAAUCGUAAAAUGUCUCCUAUUAGGUAUAAUGAAAACGGAAAUAAUGAAAAACUGCACGAUAUUGAGAAGCCUUGCUUGAUAAAGAGUGAUGCGGAACACCUUGACAAGAGGUCCGUCGACGGCAGCGAGAGCAAGUUUACGCAAUGGGAGCUCGAGUUGCAAGCCAGCAUGGAAAAAUUAAAUCGCUUAUCGAAUGAGAAUUCGUUGCACAUUAAAGAGCGCGACGCACAAAAUUCUUCCGACUUGCGGGACACGGUUGAAGCCAGUAUCACAAACGGCACGUGUCACGAUCUUUUAUCUGCCGAAUUAUCUAAUGUGCAUAGUUCAAAUCAAUUUUCAAGAUUGACUGAAAAUCCGAGAACUAUCGAAACAGAUAGAUCGCACUUGCUAAAAUCAGGUUCGAUGAUUGAUUCAACGACAUUACGCGACGCGUCGAUGCUUGCUUUGAAGAAUAAUACUUCAAAGUCGCUGAAUAGCAGUCCAGUGAAUAGAGGUACGUCUAAUUUCGAAAAUAGGAUUUCCAAUAGAACAGCAGAUAUAUCGAAAUACGUGCCAAACAGAAUUUCUCAAUUCAUCAUUAAGGAUAGAAAAACGCAAAGUAGCUGGGACAUUAACGCUCCUAACAAUGUCGAUAUGGAUGUUACGAGGGAGGAACCCGAAAGAGAUAGCUGUAGUAAUACAAACGAUACUUUAGCUAAUAAGAGCCACGUACAACUUACGAAUUUAUCGCGUAUCGCGCAAGUUUCUAAUAUCGAGUUCCUGCCUGCGCAAUCUAAUUUAUCGAGACGUCACGUCACGGCGGCUUCCGGCGUCAGCCAACACCCAAAGAGCUCGCAAAGCGAUAUUGCAUUAUCGCAAUUACGAUCUACCUUUAACAUUCUGAAAAAGGGUGCAUCAUGUAGUGCCAAUUCCAGUCCGAUAAAAAAUCUAUUACUAUCGUCCGCCAAAUCCUUGGAUACCGGGAGCGCGGAUCAACUCGAUAAACGUUCUAUUUCUAAGAGAUUCGCGAGCAAAACCGCCAGUAUUAAAGAAUUACCGUUACUGUCGUUCUUCGGACAAACGUCUGCAAUAUCAGCACUUAGAGGCAAGAGUAGCAGCAUGAUUAAUUUGGCUGGUAAACAAAAUUUGAAAACAUUGCUAGACAAUUCUCAUUUGAGCAAUAUACAGGCGAUUAGCGCAGAAAGAUUAGCAAACGUGAGACACAAGUUGGUUAACGAUUGUCCGGAAACUAAGACAGACGAUGUUAAGAAAUAAGUACAAGAGUUGCGAUCAAAGUAGAUCGCUUAUGAUAAGUACGUGAUUUCUGCGUUUAACACGUGUGUAAGUAGAGAAUUAAUUGUUAAUGUCGUUCACAAAAAGCCCGAGAAAUAAAAAUGUAACUUUAACAACAUUCUGAAACAAUUCUCGCGUUUUCGAGAAGUCACGAAAGAUAUUUCUGCAGAUUAUACAGCAGUUGGUUAUUAAAUAUACGCUGUAACGUUAAUUAAUGAUAUACUGUAUUAUAUAAAUCAUCGCGGAUUAGUUAAGUAUUAAUACUUUACCUGUAUUAAAACAAACGUAAACAUAGUAUUGCGAUCGAAAAAUGUGAUCAUUGAGGUAUCAGCAUGGAUUAAUUAAGUAAUAAAUCUACGCGCUCAGUCCCAAUUAGGCAUAUACUUGCUUAAAAAACCGACCAGGCGAUGUACGCAUCGUAUCGUUUACUAUUUUCUAAUCUUUUAAUAUGUGCUUUUUUAAUAAAACACGUGUUUCUUAACAAGUAA